AUGGCAAACAAGCUCAUCGAUCCAAGUGUUUCUCCGCAUAUCAAGGAUGUCACUAAGGUUCAAUUACCAGAAACAAUGGUUAAGGUAGGUCUUUUUGUUGUUAAUGACUAUAAUGGCACUAAAUAUGACCUCGGCCUUGGCCCUGAUAACGAUGGUUAUCUUAUGUCAAAGCUCUUUGCCUCCCAUGGCUUUGAAUGCUACUAUCUUCGUAACGCUAAAAAGGAACAAUUCCUUCAUUACUUAGAUUACUUCUUCAAAAAUACAACAAAGCACUUAGCUCUCUUCUAUGUUGGACACGGAACAAACGUCAAAGAUCUUGAUGGUGAUGAGGAUGAUGGCUUUGAUGAGGCUUUAUUCUUUGUCAAUGGAGUUGUUGUUGAUGAUGUUUUAAUUGAUCACUUGAUCAAGCAUAAGAACCCAGAAUCAGUCUUAACACUUAUCACAGAUGCCUGUCACUCUGGUACAAUCUGGGAUAUUCAGUCUGGUAACUGUAAUGGCCGUGAAUUGCCAGCAAAAAUCAUGUCCAUUUCAGCUGCAGCUGAUAAGCAAACAGCUAAACAAACAGUUGUUGAAAGAGUUGAGCAAGGUAUGUUCUCCUACAACUUCGAAAAACUUAUUAAACAAGAUGCAAACCUAAAGCCACGUGACUUGAAGAGAGGAAUAAAGACUGCUCUUCAAAAGUAUGGCCAGACAUGUGCUAUUGCUACAACGUCUGCUGAACUCCUUGAUAUUCCAAUCAUGCAGCCAUAA